AUGUGGUCCUCUCACAAACCUAAACUCACUGGACUUCGACAUUCUGUCAAAUCUAAAAUGGGUACUCCAUCCUCAUUACCCAUAAACCCUAACCCCAGCCCCAGUCCGCCACUACCUCAGUCCCCACCACCACAAACGCCGCCAUUACCACAAUCACCACCACCUCAGUCACCGCCCCCGCCCCCAAGCCAAAUACCACCUCUCAUUCCGCCGACUCCCCUCUCGCCGCAAUCCGAGCCGCCAAAUGAAACACCAAUUACCGACACCCAUUCCCCAGAACCAACGCCUGACCCUGUUCCUACCCAAACAAAAACAAAAGGGAAAACAAAAAGGGCCGCAGGUAGACUCAAAGAAACCCCUGUCGGAAAAAGGAAACGAGUACCCUCUGUCCCUUUCGACUUAAACUCUCCACCUCAGUCCUCUGAACCAGUUAGCAAAAGGACCAGGUCCUCCUCGCAAACCCCAGCACCAGCGGUCCAAACACCAGUAACCCAGUCUCCCUUACAUUCUCCAGCACCUGCGUCAUCUGCAGAUACUAUAGAGGAGGUAAUUUCUCCAUUACCUUGGGCUUUUAGGGAUAUGGAUAUGAAAAAGCUGGGUUGA